AAAUUUUGAAUUCGAUGGAAUUCAGAUACAGAGCCAUCGAUAAUAAUCGCCCACCUCCUGCGACGGACACGACACCAUCUCCGUCGCUGAAACCGAACUUUCCUUUCUUGUCGGAACGAUCAAUGCCAGGUUUGUACUGUCUGUGCAUCGUAUUUUUUAUCCAUCCCCGACAGAGAACAUUGUUAUGAUUCUGCACUUUUCGUAUUUUGUUUGGUGAUGCGAUUGUCUAUAGGAGUUGAUUUGUUGAGACCUGUUUAGUUUCUGUAACGUAAAUUUUGAGUGUUUGUUUUUUCAUGUUUUGAUUUCACGAAAUUGAAAUCUGUGUGAAAAAUCUGAAGUUUAUGAAUCUUCUCAUGUCGAAAUGUGAAGUGAUUAUGAACCUUUUUCGUAGGACAACAAAGUGAGGAUCAAGUUCGGGAAGCGAUCAAACGAGAAAUUGAGAAAGAACAAAUCCGUCAAGAGAUCAUUAUCGCAGAAGCAGCGAGAAAACGAGAGCUUAUAGCUGAGGUUUUACAAGAGAUGGCUAUCGAGAGAGAAAUGGCGAUACGACGAGUUUCAGACACGGAGAUGUCUCUAGAGGAAAAGCUAACUAUGUGGAUCAAUCAAAGGAAGCUUCCAAAUCAAAAUCAGAAUCAGUUCAACAACUUUUUCAGACAGAAGUAUAGUUACAUUGAUUCUCUGAUCAACACAGGCUCUUACAACAGUCUACUUACAUCACCAAUGAUGCAAUUGCCUCAACUUCAGCAAAUGUCUGAAGCUACCGGAACAUCAAUGUUGGAGUCUAAUAAAGAGAAUUUGAUUGUAUUGAAUAGAGCUGAUAUUAUAGGAGCUAAGCCUAAAGCAGACAGUGUUGGUACCAUGCAAUUGCCUAAACUUCAGCAAAUGCCUGAGGCUACAGGAACAUCAGUUUUGGAGUCUAACAAAGAGCAGUUUAUUGUAUUGGCUAGAGCUGAUCCUGUAGGAGAAAAGCGUAAAGCAGAGGAUAUUCAAACUGGUUUGAACGAAGAUCUUCAAGUGAAAAGGCCGAAAGCAAAAGAAUCAGAAGCAAAGGCGAUGUCUUUGGAAACCGGAGAAAUAGUCUCUUCGAAGGUUCCUUGUUCAGGGAAACUUGGCAGUGGAAAGAAAGCAGAAGGUAAGCUAAGAACUAACCAGAAGUUUUGGUGUGAGAUUUGUAAAGUUGGGACCUAUUGUCAAAUAGUCAUGAGGGAUCAUGAGUUAGGUAAAAAGCAUAAGGCUGCUGUUACACAACAGAAUGAGACACCUGAAGCUGCUUCAACCUCCUUAUCCCCUGCUUCCGUUACAGCACCGCAACCAGAAGCCAUUAGAGUAUGUGAAAAUGCUAAUCCGCAGGGUCAAAAAGUAGAUGAAAUUGCGGCGAAAGAAACAACGGGAAAGAAGACAAAAGGUGAGAAGAAAAAGAAGGAAACGGUUUGGUGCAAAACUUGUAAUAUUCAGACGAAUUCUGAGCAGACGAUGAGGAAUCAUACGCUUGGGAAAAAACACAUGGCUUUGCUUGAGAAACAGCAGAAUAAACUCAUUACAGUCCCAGUGAGAUCUCUGAAUGCUGAUCCAGGACAGAAAGAAUCAGUAUCUCUAGCAAUGGAUGAUACACAAGGUAAGGUUCAUUGCUUGGAGAAGUCAUAGAAGAUUCUUUGUAACUUUGUUAGAUUAUUUUAUAUCAACUUUUUUUACCAAAAAAACCUUUGUUAGGUCAUGACAAUAUACCAUGAGGAAUCAGAGAUUGAAUUCAUGAAUUUAUUUUUAUU